CGGCGCUUCGAGUACAAGUACAGCUUCAAGGGGCCGCACCUGGUGCAGGCGGACGGCACGGUGCCGUUCUGGGUGCACACGGGCAAUGCCAUUCCAAGUGCAGAUCAGAUCCGUAUAACAACCUCCUUGAAAAGCCAGAAGGGCUCAGUAUGGACAAAAAACAAAUCAAUAUUUGAAUAUUGGGAAGUGGAAGUGACCUUUCGAGUUACAGGAAGAGGCCGCAUUGGAGCUGAUGGAUUGGCAAUCUGGUUUACAGAGGAGCAAGGCUUGGAAGGUCCUGUUUUCGGGGCGGCUGAUAAGUGGAACGGUGUUGGAAUUUUCUUUGAUUCGUUUGACAAUGAUGCAAAGAAAAACAAUCCUGGAGUGAUUGUUGUAGGUAACAAUGGAAAGCUGCUUUAUGACCAUCAGAAUGAUGGAUCUAACCAAGCACUGGCAUCCUGUCAGAGGGACUUUCGGAACAAGCCCUAUCCUGUGCGAGUCAAGAUCACAUACUACCAAAAAACACUGACUGUAUUGAUUAAUAAUGGCUUUACUCCGGAUAAAGAGGACUAUGAAUUUUGUGCCAAAGUGGAAGAUAUGGUGUUGCCAUCGCAAGGGUACUUUGGAAUAUCUGCAGCCACAGGGGGACUUGCUGAUGACCAUGAUGUGCUGUCAUUUCUGACCUUCCAGCUGACUGAGCCUGGGAAGGAAGCACCAACACCAGAUGCAGAAAUCCCUCAGAAGGAUAAAGAGAAGUAUCAAGAAGAGUUUGAACACUUUCAGCAAGAAUUGGAUAAGAAGAAGGAAGAAUUUCAAAGGGAACAUCCUGAUGUGCAAGGACAGCCAGCAGCAGAUGAUGUUUUUGAAACCGUGAGUGAUCGUGAACUGAGGCAAAUCUUUGAGGGUCAGAAUCGAAUUCAUCUGGAAAUCAAACAGCUUAACAGGCAGCUGGACAUGAUUCUGGAUGAGCAGAGGAAAUAUGUCUCUGCAGUCACGGAGGAGAUUGCCAAAAGAGGAGCUGGGUUUCCAGGUCAGCAGGGACAGGUUUCCCAGCAAGAGAUAGAGACAGUUGUGAAAACCCAAGAAGAGGUCAUUAGACAAGUAAAGGAAAUAAGAAGUUCUGUGACUGAUGCUCUGAGAUCCAUCAGUGGGGCUCAACAUGCUGGCUCUGCAGGAGUCUAUGAAACAACUCAGCACUUCAAUGACAUCAAAGAACACCUUCAUGUAGUAAAGAGGGACAUAGAGCAUUUAGUACAACGCAACACGCCAUCCAGUGAGAGACAAAAGUGUCCAGAGUUGCCACCAUUUCCAUCCUGCUUAUCUACAAUGCAUUUCUUCAUAUUUGUGGCAGUGCAAACUGUGUUGUUCAUUGGUUAUGUCAUGUAUAGGAGCCAGCAAGAAGCAGCAGCCAAAAAGUUCUUUUGAUGACCUAUUCCAUUUGUGUGUACAUAACAGCAGUCUGUAUGCACAGAAAAUUCUACACUUCUGUAAAUGAGGGAAAUUUUAGUGUUGGAGAUACUUCAAUAUUAUAAAUUAUUCAAUUUUGCUAAAUAAAAUGAGUUCUCAUUUAAAGUCUUGAUGCUAAAAACAGGGAGCAAAUGCUGGAUGGGGGGAGACUAUGCACCCUAUCUAGGUCUGUGUUUUCAGCUGACUUUUUCAUAAAUACUGAAAGGCAAACUCCCCAUUCCUCUGCUCUUGUUAAGAUUCUGGAGGACGAGGUGACACACCCAGGCUUGGUGUUUGUUCAGAGUGUGAAUUGCAGAUGGGUGAUUUGUGCAGAAAACUU